CCGCGCCGCGCCGGGCGGGAAGUGAGCUCAGGCGCACAGGAAAUCCCGCCCGCGCCGCGGCCUGUGUUUGCGCUGCGGGCAGAGAAAGGAGCGGAGCGCCUGCAGCGGCCCAGCCGAGCCUGCCGCACGCAACGGGGCCGAGCCAUGUCUGACCAGGAAGCGAAACCUUCAGCUGAGGACUUAGGAGAUAAGAAAGAAGGGGAAUACAUUAAACUCAAAGUCAUUGGGCAGGACAGCAGUGAAAUUCACUUCAAGGUGAAAAUGACAACACACCUCAAGAAACUCAAAGAAUCAUACUGUCAAAGACAGGGUGUUCCAAUGAAUUCACUCAGGUUCCUCUUCGAGGGUCAGAGAAUUACUGAUAAUCAUACCCCCAAGGAGCUGGGGAUGGAGGAGGAAGAUGUGAUUGAAGUUUAUCAGGAACAGACGGGGGGUCACUCAACAGUUUAGAUCCUUCUGUUCGUUUUCUUUUCCCUUAAUCCUUUUUUAUUUUUAAAUAAUAGUUCUUUUGUAAUGUGGUGUUCAACACUGAAUUGAAACUGGCACCCCAUCUCUGGGAAUUUAUUUUCAAGCGUCUGGUAUCUUGAAUUCUCGUGCUCAUUAUACACUAUUGUUUCUGUUUUCAUUGUGCUGAACUUUUGUGAUCCAGCUGCAGCCCCGCUCCUCUCUUCCCUUCUACCCUUCCCUUUAGAAAUACACGUACACACAUGCAUUUGUAUGUUCACUAGGUUCGUGCAUUUCAGGCACGAAGGUUGUAUGAUCUGCCAGGUGGGCGAGUGUUCUUAAUGACUUCCAUAUCUGCCCUGAAGUUUUGAUGUGUGACUGUUUCACUCCUGGACUAUAACUUUCAGUGCGAGAUGAAGUUUUUCAGAGAACUAAACUGUGGAGAAAUUGUGUAUCCAUAACUCAGAGCUAUUUUGCUUAAAUUGUGCUGAUGGCCCAGCGAAGAAGAUUACCAAGUUGGAAAUGGAAAAGCUAGAACUGUUGUCAUCUGUACCUUGCUCCAGAGAUGGCUUUGCUGAAGACAUGAAAUUGAAAACCCUUAUGAUUCUUAAAUCUUGCCAGAAGAGCCCAGAAGCAUUUUAACUUCAUAUAGCUAUUAGUACACGCAGGUAUUCAUGCAAGAAUGUUCACAGCAGACAACUGGUGUUACUUUGACACUCUUGUUUGUACCUUUUGGCCUGGGACGUGGGUUUUGAAUGGACAUUGUCUGUACCAGCUUCAUUUAAAAUAAACAAGAAAAACAAUUUUAUAAA